CAAAUUCUGGUAUUGAGUAUGACACCCAAUUAUUGGAGUUGUCCUUACUACUAAAUUUUAGUCGGGUUACUUCUGAGUUCUGAAGCCUAUUAUCCAGUUUUUGAUGUCCAACUAUUUCUCUCUAUAUAGAACACAAAGCUCUGAUUUCAUUACUCGUUAUAUACACCACAUUUCUCAAACCAAGAAUCAAAGCGCCGUUAAGAAACUCCAUGCUCACCUUCUAACAACAGGGUUGCUUAUCAUAUCCCCUCAUUUUCACGCUAAACUCAUCCUCUCAUACACCAAAUGCCUUCCCCAACACAACCUCCAGACACUGACCAACUUCUUCAAAUGCAUGAAACCCAAAAGCGAAUUACCAUUCAAUGUGUUAAUGGCUGACUUCUGCCGAAAUGGGUUCAGUUUUCUUGCUCUCAAAACCUUAUCAUUCAUGCACAGCAGCGGUGUUCUUAUAGAUACGUAUGCUUUGUGUAGUUCUUUAACUGCUGCAUCUUCUAUUAAAGAUGUUGGCUUCGGUAGAAAGAUCCAUGCCCAUGUGGUAAAGUCAGGCUGGUGCUCCAGUGUUUUUGUUGGGAGUGCUCUGAUUGACUUGUAUGCCAAGUCAUUGGUUAUAGGAGAUGCAGGCCAAGUGUUUGAUGAAAUGCCGCUGAGAAACACUGUUUGUGCAAACGCACUUUUAUCAGGUUAUGGUGAUGCCAAGUUGUGGACAGAGGCAGUAGAAUUGACCAGGAAGAUGCCGGCACUGAGUUUGGAGUAUGAUCACUUCACAUUGUCCGCGGCAUUACGUGCCUGUGCUGGGCUAGCUGCAGUUGAAUUGGGUAGGCAGGUACAUGGUUAUUUGAUGCGUUCGGUUUAUGAUGUGGGAAGUGAUAUGUUUCUGCUGAGUUCAUUGAUUGAAAUGUAUGGUAAAUGUGGGCUGGUAGCCAAGGCUCAGAAAGUUUUCAAUUUUGAUGGAAAAGGAGAGGGGAAAAGAGAUGUGGUUAUGUGGACUUCACUGCUUGGUGUGUAUGGUAGAAAUGGAUACUAUAAAGAGGUACUUGAACUAUUCAAAGAUAUGUUGAUGGAAGGAAUUAGCCCAGAUGGGGUGGCAUUUGUGACAGUCAUCUCAGCUUGUGCUCGCACCGGUCAAUUGCGGCUCGGCAUUGAGUAUUUUGAAUCCAUGGAACUCAAGUUCAGCUUGAAACCAGGACCAGAACACUACAGCUGUCUAGUUGAUUUGCUGUGUAGAGCUGGUGAAUUGGGCAAGGCGUGGAAGCUCGUUGAUGAGAUGCUUAAUAAAGGUCACAGCAGCUGCACUGUCCCUAUGUGGGGAGCUUUGCUUAAUGCUUGCAAAGAUCAAGGUGAUCUUGAAUUGGGUAAACUGGCUGCUCAAAGGGCACUCGAGUUGAAUCCUCAUAAUGACGGUAUUUAUGUUUUGCUAUCAAAUUUAUAUGCCAGGUUCGGUAUGUGGCAUGAGAUUAAUCAUUUGAGGGAGUUGAUGAAAGAAAAGGGGUUAAGGAAAGAUGUCGGAUAUAGCCGGAUUGAAGUCACAAAUUGA